UUGCUAACUUUCUUCACACCAAACAUGUGCUUUUGUGUGCUAAUACAGCAGCAACAACAUACACUUAAUCACACGCGUUUGGUAAAUAUAUGUUGAGUAUAACUACUUUGCUAACAGCUACCAAUCUAGUGAUGAAGAAAGUUAUGCUCAUGACCUUCUACCCACUUCUAGCCUAAUAGCUAACAGCCAAGUAGCCAUGGCAAUGAUGAGAGACGAGGACCCCCUUAAGUAAAUAAUAUCAUAUUAUAUGAAGUGAUGACACAGAUCAUUAUAAGGAUCAUGACGUUCCAUUUGUAUUUGCGCUUCAACCCAAUGUUACGGAAAACAAAUCUGGCUCUGUGGAGAUUCUGGAGGUCAUGGAAAUUAAGUCUGCACUCUUCUACAGUUUGUGCAUCUUCUGGUCCUGGUCCUUUGGACAGAUCAGACGAACUGUCUUCUGUUUCAGCUGAAAAGCCUCCUCACACACCUGUCAUGCUAAAAGAGGUGCUUCAUUACUUGGACAUCCACCCAGGUCAGGUGGUCCUGGACAUGACAUUUGGCGGUGGUGGUCAUACCAAAGCAAUACUGAAUAUGGUUCCUGAAGUCACAGUGCUGGCCUUAGACCGAGAUCCUACAGCCAUUUCUCUGGCCCAGCAGUUGGCCAAGGAACACUCUGGCCGUGUGAAACCAUUGCUUGGACGAUUCAGCGAGCUUGAAGCCCUGCUGUCUAACAUGAACAUUAAGCCAGGCAGCAUUGAUGCUGUCCUGUUGGAUGCUGGCUGCUCCUCCAUGCAGAUGGACCAGGGAGAGAGAGGCUUCGCCCUCAGCAAGGAUGGGCCCUUGGAUAUGAGAAUGGAUGGAGAGAGGUACCCCGACAUGCCCUGCGCUGCUGACGUUGUGAAUACCUUAGAUCAACAGGCUCUUGCAUCCAUCCUCACUGCAUAUGGGGAAGAGAGACACGCCAGGAAAAUAGCUUCAGCCAUUGUGGAGGCACGCCGUGUCAACCCCAUCACCCGGACACAGCAGCUGGCCAGCGUGGUGGCAGGAUCGUUUCCUGCAGCUGUUGUCUAUGCACGUAAGGACCGUCUCCACCGAUCUGCACAUGUGGCCACUAAGACUUUCCAAGCUCUGCGCAUCUUUGUGAAUGAUGAGCUGAACGAACUACACGCAGGUCUGCGUGCUGCCCAGGUAACACUGAGACCUGGAGGACGUCUCUGCGUAAUUACCUUUCAUUCACUAGAAGACAGACUGGUCAAACGUUUCCUCCAGGGAGACGACUUAUCUAAUCUAGAUCAGUAUCACUUCAGCCCGAAGAAACAAGGCAACGGGAAGCAAAAACUGGUGGAAAAAAGAGCAAGUGUUUAUUGGCUUCCUGUGCAAAGAAAAGUGAUCAAGCCAGAGAAGGAAGAUGUACAAGAGAACCCUCGAGGACGCUCCGCAAAGCUCAGGGCAGCACUCAGACGUUAAUUACGUCACACCAAGGAUUUUGUGUCUUAUCAUCAGAAAAUUUGGACUUAUUUAAGAACAACUGUUUACACUGAAUACUUGAUGCAAGUGAAGCAAAAGUUAUACCUGCAUUUAUGCAGUAAUUUGCUUGCGGCGGAUGCUACUAUGUUGUUUGUUUUUUUCUGUAAUUGUUAGUUUUCUUGUGUAUGUGUGUGUGUGUGUGUGUGUGUGUACUCAGCUACACUAAAAAUUACGUUUUUUACAGUUUCUAAUUUAAAGCCUGCCUCUGCGGAUACCCAGGGUUCAAUUCCUGGUAGCGGCACCUUCAGCUUGGUCUUGUGUUGCAAUGAGCACAGUUGGCCGCGUUUGCUGGUGGGAAGCCAGUGAGGGUUGUCUUCAUCAAACACUGUACUGGUGAUUUCUACUGGUUGGAGCACUGCCAGUGGGUCGGCUCUGGGAGUGAAAACAUCAGCCUGCUAAAUGGAGCGCUCUCCCAUUGAAGCUCAUUACUGGCAAAAGCGGCUGGUGACACCAUAUGUCACAGAUGUAGCACGUGUCUGUCUGCAGUGACGAGGACUGCAGUGCAUAGAAAACUGGACGUUACAAUUUGGACAAAAUGGAGAAUAAAAACAAAGCAAAAAAAAAAGAAAAACUCAAAGUUCCACUUACUAGCUUUCAGAGCUUUCAACUGCAUUUCAUAGCAGUCAUUCAGCGAGUGGAGCUGACUCAGAGAGAAAUUUGCAUAUUUAGGUCACUUGAUGACAGCUGACUCAGCUCUAUUCAUUUAAUAUAGACCACAAGUUGGGGUUGAAAGCUAGUAAGUGGGCCUUUGAUACUAGAUUGUUUUGGUACAUGUACUGUUUCCAAAGGUCAAGAAUGAACUUCCAUGUUUUAAAGAACUACAUUUUAAAUCAUGAAAUAAGUAAACCUAAUGAACUAAUUAGAAGAAGUUGAUUAUGUUUACAGUUUAUUACUUUAACUUUGGUUUCCAGAAGAAAUCUCUCAACUUGCCUCAGCACUGAAGACCCUGCCCAAACUCAAGUGAGAGCCACAACUAUGAACACAAAAUUGUAUGACAGCUGGUUUAAGUUUGAGGUUUUACCUAAAAAUAUAAUUGUGAUGAAAACUUUUUAUACCCAAAUAAAAAUACAAGUAUAUGACCA